CGGGCUCUGGAUGAAAGCCAGAGCUAACCUGUCCUCCCAGAGUCCCGGGCGGGACGGCGGCCCCCAGGACCCUGCCUCGGGCUGCGGGGGGGCUGGCGGCUGGCCGCCUCCGGAAUUCCAUGGGCGCCCCAGACUCUGACAGGAAGCUGUCCGGGAAGCAUCCCUCCAGAGGCCUCUGCCUCUCUGGGACCCGUGGGAAGCGGAGAAGGAUUCAUGGCACUGUGGCGCGCAUACCAGCGGGUCCUGACUGCUCACCCAUGGAAAGUACAGGUUCUGACUGCUGGGCUGCUGAUGGGUCUGGGGGAUGUUAUCUCACAGCAGCUGGUGGAGAAGCGAGGUCUGCGAGAGCACCAGACCGCUCGGACCCUGACCAUGGCCUCUCUGGGCAGUGGCUUUGUGGGCCCGGUAGUAGGAGGCUGGUAUAGGGUUUUGGACCGGCUCAUCCCUGGCACCCGCAAGGUGGAUGCACUCAAGAAGAUGGUGUUGGAUCAGGGGGGCUUUGCCCCAUGUUUUCUAGGCUGCUUCCUCCCACUGGUAGGGGCUGCCAAUGGACUGUCAGCCAAGGACAACUGGGCCAAGCUGCAGCGGGAUUAUCCUGAUGCCCUCAUCACCAGCUACUAUCUCUGGCCUGCUGUGCAGUUAGCCAACUUCUACCUGGUCCCUCUCCACUACAGGUUGCCUGUUGUCCAGUGUGUUGCUGUUAUCUGGAAUACUUACCUGUCCUGGAAGUCACAUCGGUCCUAAGCCUGCCUCGCUCCCAUGCUUCCACCUUGCAAUGAUGUAGCUUACCCCUGGAAUGGGCAGGCAACCUCCUCAAAGUGCGCUUACUAGUUUUCAUCAGUUGCUUGUCAAAAAUUAAUGGGUUAGCACUUUGAAAUGGCUCAUCUCACCCUUAAAUGUAACCUGAUUCCUUUUGAAGUCACUGAAACCUUUAUUAUGGUCUUACACCCACCACAUUGUAGGUACUUCAUAAAUAUUGGGUGAACAAUAUGAUUUGUCAACUUUAGUUUAUACCUGUAUUCCAGCAGAUGCCUCUCAUCCCUCCUCUUCAUAGACCAUUUGUUUCCCUAACUCUUGCCAGCCUUGGCUCCAGCUUUUUGGGAACCCUUCCUCAAACCUUUUAAUUGGCACCUCUAUAAAUAUUAAAUACAUAAUCUGGAGCUUGCAGAGGCACUGAGUAAGCCCUAGCAGAAAACUGUUGGGGAGUCAAAACUUCUAACGCUGGAAAAAACCUCCAAGAAGCUAGAAAGAAGAGUUCACCACGCUCAGUCCUUUCGGAUGAGGAUGGUGAGGUCCACAGCAGUGAGAUGACCUGUCCACAUCACUCGUUAGUGGCAGGUACAAAGGUGCACACAAGUCCUAUAGGUUGAAUAUUUGCAGCAUCCCUCUCCCUGCCAAUGUUCAUAGUCUAGUGUCCAAAGUAAUGGUGUUUGGAGUGGGACCUUUGGAAAGUGAGUAAAUCACAGGACCAGGGCCCUCAUGGGAUUGGUGCCUCUGAGGACACCAGAGAGCACCCUCCCACCUUCCACCAUGUGAGUCACCAUCGUGAGCCAGGAAAGCGGGUCUUCAGCAGACUUUGACUCUACUACUGCCAUGAUCUGGGACUUCCCAACCUCCAGAACUGUGAGAAAUAAAUGUUUAUUGCAUAUAAGCCACCCAGAUUGUGGUAUUUUUGUUAUAUCAGCUCAAAUGGACUAAGAUGAAGUUUUCUUCCUACCCAGUGAUCUUAAUCUGGAGGGUGAAAGAUGUGGUAAUGUUGCUGCAUUGGCUCCCAGGAGAAAAAAUUAACUUGGCUAAGCUACCACUUUGGGGAAGACUCAAACAGAUGGACCAGUCUUUUUGUGAUCUGAAAGCACCC